GUGUCAUAUUAAAAUAAAUCAACAUCAACCACCCCUUAGAAACAAUGACACUGGGUCUGUGUGCCAGGAGUCUGCUCAACCACCUAGAAACAGUAACAGAACAGUUUAAAAACGGUGAACUCACUCUUGUAGAAUCUGCGCUCGAGACGUUCCUGAACAGCGCCCAGGUUGAAAGGUCAUCGUUGCGAAAAUGGGCGGCAUACGGGAGUUCCUGGUCAUGGUUGGAUCUGAGAAGGCCAGAUCUACCAGUAUAAACUGUGAGGUGAUGACAGAAGUGAAGCAUGACCAGUCUGAACCACUGGUGGACAUUACAUUUAUGGACGGAGAAAGGCUAAUGAUGAAGGGAGCGAGACUGACCAUCAAGGAGAUGCUGACAGCACUGCAGUCCCGAUGUGUAGCCAAGGACCCCAGGCCAAAAUUACCGCCAAGAAGCAGUCCCACCCAAAAUACCCUAAUUGAACUGUUCUGUGUUGGUAUUUGUAAAUGUUUAUAAUAAAAUACUUUAAUUGAA